AUGGCCGGGGGCAGAGAGCGCACUGGCCGGACCCAGAGGCCGUGGUCGGUCUAUCGGGCAAACACAUUCCAGUUGUCUAGUGAGAUAAUGGGCUUGGCCCUAGCAGGAAAUAGUCAAGACCCAGAUGAACCUGUACUCGAGUUCAGCAUUGCCUGCACAGACCUGCUGAAUCUCGGGGUGGAUCGGAAACCAAAUACCUUUGUAGCAGUGAGCUGUACGACACCACCACAGGCCUUCUGGACUAAACACGCCCAGACAGAAGUCAUAGAGGGUACUAGCAACCCCAUCUUCCUCAGCAGCAUCGCCUUCUUCCAGGAUUCUCACAUUAACCAUCAGACACAGAUUAAACUGGCUGUCUACGAUGUGAAGGACCGCUCCCAGGGCACGAUGUACAUGAUGGGCUCAGCUCUUUUCCCUGUAAAAGAGAUGUUGCAGGACAAAGACCACAGAUUAGAGAUGGAACUCCGGUCAGCAGAGAACAAGCGGGUAGGAAACAUCUCUGUUUCUGCGUGGCAGAUGGAAGAAAAAGUAGAUCAGAGACUUGUGGUCGGCCGUCUUCCAGAUAACAUCAAUGGCCGAACAGUGCUGCCGGUGGAUGAGAGUCUAACAGAGGCGAUGGGAGUACGGAUCAAGUACGCAUCGCUGUGCAGAGACACCCUUCUGCGUGCAGUAUUUGGAGGCACAAUGUCCAGGAUGUACCGCUUUCCAACCACUGAUGCCAACCACCUGCGGGUGCUCGAGCAGAUGGCUGAGAGCAUCCUGUCCCUGAACAUCCCCAAACAGUUUGUUAAAUUAUUGCUGGAGGAGGACGCAGCCCGGGUGGCUGAGCUAGAGGAACUGGGAGAGUUGUCACCCUGCUGGGAGAGCUUACGACGACAGAUCGUUUCACAUUACCAAACAGUUCUUGUCUCGUAUCAGGAAACUCUGUCUGACCUGACUGAAUAUAAAGGUCCAUCAUUCAAAGCAAGCAGCUUAAAGGCCGACAAGAAACUGGAGUUCUUGCCGACCAACCUGCACAUUCAGAGAAUGAGGGUCCAGGAUGAUUUGGGUGUCGAGCACACGUAUGACAUCAUCACUGUUGGAGCGCCAGCUGCACAUUGCCAAGGGUUUAAAAACGGUGGCCUGAGGAAACUCACUCAGAAGUUCGAGGAGGCAAAGAAACACGCAUAUGAGGAGGUUUGCGCCCUCUCCAGCUCCCAGUCUAUCGUCUUCAUUCCUCAGGAUGUGGUUAGAGCCAAAGAGAUCAUCGCCCACAUCAACACCCUGAAGACACAAGUCAACUACUAUGCAGAGAGGCUUUCCAGAGCUGCGAAGGACCGGUCUGCUAGUGGACUGGAAAGGACACUUGCCACACUGGCAGAUAAGACUCGUCAGCUGGUGACCGUAUGCGACUGCAAGUUGCUUGCUUCAGCCAUUCAGGCCCUGAAUGCAGCACGGCCCGAAUACAUCGCUUCAAAAUUGUCUCCCUCCGCCGAUUCAGAUCAAGUCGUCCUCCGUAAUGACCAGGACACACUUCUUGCUAAGUGGAGUGGCAGUAGCAGUCGAUCAUCACUGCAUGUAGACUGGCAUGAGGAGGCGUGGGAGAAAGUGUGGCUGAAUGUGGACAAGUCUCUAGAGUGCAUCAUCCAGCGUGUAGACAAGCUGCUCCAGAAAGAAAGGAAGCCAGACAACACAGUUCAAGACCGAGUAGACACAGAACUACAGGGCACUUGCAUUAAGAAGGGUGGAAGCCCCAAUGUAGAGGAAGCAUAUCCAGGAGAGUGGAGUGAAGCGCUAUACCCCCUCCUAACCACGCUUACUGACUGUGUUGCCAUGAUGGGUGACAAGGCAAAAAAGUCUAUGGUCUUUCUGCUGAUGCAAGACAUUGCCCCGACCAUCGCCAUGGACGUAUCCCUGCAGUACCGUCGUGACGUUGUAUUCUGCCAGACUCUCACCGCUCUGGUCUGCGGCUUCAUUGUCAAACUGAGGAACUGCCUACGUGACAAUGGAUUCCUCAGGCAACUUUACACCAUCGGCUUGCUCGCUCAGUUUGAGUCCCUGCUCAGCACCUACGGAGAGGAGCUGGCCAUGCUGGAGGACAUGAGCGUCGGCAUCAUGGAUCUGCGAAAUGUUACCUUUAAGGUCACACAGGCGACGGGCAGCACACCCAUCGAUAUGCUGCCAAUCAUCACGGGCAACCGGGACGGCUUUAAUGUCCGCAUCCCUUUGCCGGGAACCAUGUUUGACGCAUUGCCACGGGAGAUCCAGAGCGGCAUGUUGCUGAGGGUCCAGCCGGUGCACUUCAACGUUGGGAUCAAUGAGCAGCAGACGCUGGCGGAGAAAUUUGGAGACACGUCCCUUCAGGAGCUCAUCAACAUGGAGAGUUGGACGAGACUCAAUUCUUACUUUGAACAGUUUAAAGAAGUCCUUCCUGAGGACUGCCUCCCGAGGUCUCGAUCUCAGACGUGUCUUCCCGAGCUACUCAGGUUUUUGGGAAAGAAUGUGGAGGCGAGGAAAAACAAGAACGUGGACAUCCUUUGGCAGUCAGCUGAGAUCUGUCGCCGGCUUAAUGGAGUUCGUUUCACCAGCUGUAAAAGCGCCAAAGAUCGGACGGCCAUGUCAGUUACCCUGGAGCAAUGCUUGAUCCUGCAGCAUGAACACGGCAUGGCACCACAGGUGUUCACGCAAGCACUCGACUGUAUGCGCAGUGAGGGGUGCAGACGGGAGAACACUGUGAAGAAUGUGGGCUCGAGAAAGUACGCCUUCAACUCCCUGCAGCUCAAAGCUUUCCCGAGACACUACCGGCCGCCCGACGGCACAUACGGGAAAGUAGAAACCUGA